CCCCCUUCACUCUCAAAGGUCAAAACCAUAAACCCUAGCUCGAAGAAGGGCACAAAUGUGAAAAACGAAAACAUCAGGAGUUUACCGUAAGUCUCACUCUACUCUGUUGUAGUUGCAAUUAUGUUUUCACUGUGUUUUAGUUUCUCGUGAUUUGGUCUCCGCUUGGCUGCCGAGAAAAUCAGGAGGGAAGAAAAGGGAAAAUUUUGGUUCCUGGAUUCAGAAUAGAUGAGAUAAGUUGGAGAUCUAAUAUAGGAAGUUAGAUGAUGAAAUGUUGAGGGUCAAUAUGGAGAUGAAUUUGGAGGAAAUGAAAGAUGAAGAAGCUAUGGAAUGUGAAGUUGAUUGUGAGAAAGAGGUUGAAGAUUGUGGAAAUAGGUGCUGUGAAAUGGGAGAGAAGAGUAAGACUAAAGACAGGGCAAUGAUGUUGGAGUUGGAGAUUGAGAAGAAGAAGAGUGAGUAUGAGUUGCUUCAGACUAAAUUUAGGGCACUAGAGGCUGAAAAGGCUGCCAUCGAGGACGAGCUUAGGGCUUUGAAGAGAAGGAAUGAAGUUAAAGAGCAUAGUACUAAUACUGAAGACAGGAACAAGGUCGAUUGUGGAAGAGAACAGGGGAUUGAAGGAAUUAUUGAUUUGACACAAGAGAAUGAUGAGGAAGAAAAGAUUGUUGAGGUUAUGAUUGAGAAUAAUGUUUUGGAACUUGAGAAGACUAGAGCUGAAAGUGAGGUAGAGGCUUGGAAGAAGAAAUAUGAAGCAUUGGAGUCAUGGGCAUUGCAUCUGGAAAAGAGUUUGGCCUUAAGGAACAGGCAACAUCCACUGAGCGGAAAGGCAAAAUUGGAGUUGGGCUUGUUAAAUGUGGAUUCUGAUGAAGGAAUUGUGACAAAGGAAGUUAAUGACACAGUUAAGGCUAAGGAUGGGUCUGAUGUUGGAGGCGGCUUGGACCAUCUGCAAACCAAAGUGCAAAUGGUGCAUCAUGAUAAACCCUAUUCAGCUGCAAUACACUCUUCUUGCAAAUCCCCUGGUACACCUUCUAUUGAUACCCAGUACAAAUAUUUGACACACCCUAAGGGAGAAAAGAAAGCCAUUCAUUUAGAUGAUGAAGUGGAAUAUAGUCGUCGAGUUAGGAAACAAUUGUCUUUUGAAGAGGAGUGCUCCAACAAAAAGAUGGCUCCAUCCACACCUGCUGGUGCAGGACCUGCUUCUGUUGGAGUCAUUCAUAUCAGUGACAAUGAUGAUGAACCAGAUAUUACAACUAUCAAGAUGCCUACUCCUGAGAUCCAGGGAAUUAAUACUGUUUGUGUUUCAGCUGAUCAUGCAUCAGGAAUAACUGUGGAUGAUGGAAAAGAAAUGACAUCUGAGAACAGUUUGACGAAAACAAUCUCAUACCAGAGUGAUGGGGAAGAUUUAAGUGGCUGCAAGGGGAAUGUCCCAUUUGUUUCAACUCCCAAAAGAAAAAAGCGUCCUAAUAUAGUUACUAGUGAUAGUGAGAGUGAUGGUGGUGAUGAUGAUGAUGAUGAUAAAGUUCCAACUCGUAAAUUCAAGAGGUUGCAUCUAGGAGAGUUAAUUUGUGAUCCCACUAGUUCUCAUUUGAAUAGCUGCUCAACGAGUGCCACUGUUUCUGGGGUUGACUGUGUCAGGGGAGCUUUAACCCCUCCAAAACGGCGUCUAAUGACUUUGAGAGAAUGUGAGAAAAAAGGCAGGGCAGAAACAAAUUUGGCAAGUAAUUUGAAUGCUAGAGAAACAGAAAAUCAGUCAGAAAUCCUUACCAAUGAGGAUGUUGAAGCUAGCGAAACGGAAGAGGUAGGGUCAGAUAGUGAGGGUGAAAGCUUGGGUGGAUUUAUUAUUAAUGACUCUGAAGUUUCUGGAGGUGAUGGUGCUUCUAGUGAAUCAGAAGAAGAAUCAAAUGGUAAUGUGGACUUUGUUGACAUUAUAUCUAGAAUCCGAAGGAACAGUGAUAAAAAGUCAAAGUGGGAGUUUGAGGCGGACAUGCUUGCUGCCUUUGGUAAGGAUCCUGAAUUGUGCAUGAAGGCUGUAUGUGCUCUCUAUCGGCAGCAAACCUCAGAGGAGAAAACAGUUAAGGAAACAUUAUACUCCAACCAGAGAGGGUUUAGUCAAUGUGAUGCGCUAAGGGGCACUACCUUGGCAGAAUUUCUCACUGAUGGAGACCCACAAGGUGAUCUAAAGAAAUCGGUCAAGGAUCUGCAACAAUAUCAUCCGAAGGCACUUGAAUUGUGCAGAACACUGGCAACCCACUACUCCAAGCAAUUGUUUGCUAUCUACCAGAACAAAGAGGAUCCUUUCUUUCUCUCUUCCUGAUGGGGCCUGCCAUAGGAGCCAAUUCAAUGAUGCCACAAGCUAUAAAUCUCUGCCAGAGCCCAGAGGCAACUCCCCAAGGAAGGUAUUUUGUUGUUUCUCCAUUUUCCGUUCUACUUUUGCACGAGUGUUGUAUAUAAUCUGAAAUCCAAUGUUUAUAUUCUCUGCGUGGUUUGUACAGCUUACUAUGUAAGUGUUAUGGUGGUAGACUUUGUCCAAAUGUAUAAAGGAUUUGGGACUUCACAGUUGUAUUUUGUCACUCACUUGAGAAAUCUAUUAAGUUAUAUGUUGAUAAGAGCUUUUGAUUUAA